CGGAAAGGGGCAAAGAAGAAGAGGAUCAGGACUAACCAUGGCUACAGCUGACAGCGGUGUGACAGCUCUUCAAAAUGCCAUGAAAAUGGCCAAAGUAGCAAUACAACUGGAUGGAGGGAGCAAACAUAAGGAAGCUUACUGUGAAUACCUCCGGACGAUCAACUACAUAUCACACGCACUUUUGGAGGAAGCUGGGUCACAAAAGGACAGGGAGAUGGUGGCGGUGGAGGUGGAGCGUAUGUUGAGGCUAGCGGAGCAGUGUCUGGAGCGAGCCAAGUCAUUUAUAGAGAAGAGCACUGACCCUCCUGACCUGUCAGCCUCUGCCUCUCCUUCCUCUUCCUGUUCACCUGCCCAAUCAGAGCCCCACCAGACUGCCGUCCUCCCAGUGGCUAUUGCUGCAAACACUGGUCGUAAAGCUACCAGCCCCACAAAGACCGGUCACCGCAGGGUGUUGUCAGAAGGUGGCGGGGAGCUCUCCCCCUUUCUCCCCCCUGAAGUCUUCAAGAGACUACAAACAGUGGAGUCACAAGACGCAAGCAAAAAGGAGCUGACACCCAUUGAACAAGCUUCACGAUUGAACCAAAAGUUGAAAGCCAAUUACGAAGCUCGUCUGGCAAGACUCACACCUGGUCAGGCCAAUCAGAAGACAUCUUUGAAGCUCUCUCUCCAGCGGCAGAUGAUGGAGAACCUCAUCAUCGCCAAGGCCAGGCAGGAUGCUCUACAACGGAAGAUGGAGGAGAGAAGACUGAGGCUCCAGGAGGAGGCUAACAGGAGAUUUGCAGCAUCUGGGGCAAUGACUGCAGAGGAGCAAGAACAGCGUACACUCUAUACCAACGUACUGGAAUAUGAGCAAGACCAUGAUUGGCCCAAACUGUGGAAAGCCAACAUGAAGGAGAAUCCUGAUGAUGUCACAUUAGUGUCACGUCUAGUCUCCUACCUGCUCAGCCGGUGUGACCACCCUGUGGUGAAGCUGCUGAGGAAACACCAGUACAGGGUUUACAACGGCCUCUACCCCAUCGUCAGUAAAGGCCUCCCCCAGAGUCCUGCCGUGCUGCUGAGACCCUCUCGCAGCACUCACAACCUGCUUCAUCCAGAGACGAAGAGAAAGUCGACCAACACUGUGAGCAGUGGCCAGAGCUUCAGCACCAGCUUGUCGCUCUCCCCCUCGCUCUCUCAUGACCUCAACACUAACUAUGACGACGACGACGAGGAGGAGGAGGAAGGGGAAGAGCCUCAUACACAGUUGACGGUGGACCGGGAGAACUCGUUUGAGGAUCUGGAGCAGUUUCUGACUCAGCUGGACUUGGCCCCACCCCAUGACAGCACAGAUGACACUGGCUCAGAUUCAGAGCUGACCUGUGAUACCUCUAUGCUGAAGGAGGGCCACAUACAGGAGCUGGAGAUGAGGGCGAUGAAAGAACAUCUGAAGGCCAUUGUCAAAGACAUUCAUAUUGCAAUCGAUCAACUCCUGUCACUGUGUUUGCUGUCCUUUGAGUGUCUAAACACAGCCAGCUCUAAAGACCUGUGCCUUGCAAGCAUAGAGGAAGCCUUCUUCACCCCCCUGUGGAGCGCCCUGGUGGCUCUUUUCAGGAAGGUCAACAGGGAAAGAGAGCAGGCCUUUGAAACGAGUAUGAAACUGUACCAGGAUGCCUCACCUGGAGUUCUAGGUGUUCCCUCGAAACUGUUCCCCCCAGAACCUGACACACUGCAAGGUUCCUACCCCUACAAGUCUGCUGUUCAAGAGCUUAAGCUUCUUGUUAAAGACUGCUGUCCACAGAAGAAGCUGGAAUGUAUCGUUAGGACAUUACGUGUGAUCUGUGCCUGUGCUGAGGAUUACAGGUGUCUUCAUGAGGUGGACUCUGCACCCAAAACAGCUGCCAUCGGUGCAGAUGACCUGCUGCCCAUCCUGUCCUUUGUGGCUCUGCGGUGCCAGUGUCCUCAGCUGGUGUCUGAAUGCGCUGCUCUGGAGGAGUUCAUUCAUGAAGGCUAUUUGAUAGGAGAGGAGGGCUACUGUCUGACCUCCAUGCAGAGUGCCUUGGCCUAUAUUGAGUCACUGCACACCGGAGGAACUUACCUUCCUGCGGACAAGCUCAUAUGAAAAAGGCUGCUGCCAACCCUCCCUCCUGUUCAUCCCACUGCUGGGCUACACAGAGGCAACAGCUAAACCUGCAGCUCCCUGCAAGUUGUGCAGAUGCAUUAUAAUCUUGUACAAACGCAAUGCUCGGUUGACAAGAGAGGACGAAACCAGACUCUGGCACUGGAUGGUUUAAAGGGAUUACUGUAUUUGGCUAAGAUUGGACAUGUCUUAGGGAACCUUAGGAACUGAUGCCACUGACUAUAUGACUGCUUACAAAGGAAAAAUGGUUUACAAAUGUAUUCCUUCAUUCAGGAAAGAGGUCAGAUGUGUGGGAACUGAGGUAAAAAAAAAAAAAAAACACACACUACUGAAGUUGUGUCGAGAGUGUGAAUCAGCCAACUAAGUGUGCUAAAGCCCCAGUUGGAUGGGAUUAAUAUUACGAGGGGGGGGGGGGGAUAUUCCCUGUGGUCCCUGGUCAUUUAACUCAUUGUUCUGGACAGGAGUUCAAACUUUACGUGGUCUGUGACAGAGUUGGACAUUCUACAGGACAGUGGUGUAACCAUUUACAUUUAGGACUUGGAGUGUAGCUCUAAUCUGGUGUUUGUACUUUUACCUGAAGUUUGUCUCCCAGUACAUGGGACUGUAUGUGAGGUCGUUAUGUUAAAUACUAGGGGCAUAGGAUAUAAUAUCAGUGACGACAGGUUGCACCGGCCAACUAAGGAUACUGGUACUUACCUGUAGGAGACAUUACAACAGCCCAUUUGAUGAAUGGCCUGAUGGCUUUAAUUGAUUUUCCUUUUCAUUGUGGUUCCCUAAUAGGCCUGUGUGUCGGUAUCAACUUGUUUCUGUCAGAUUGGAAAAAACAUUUUCAGCCUCCUCUAUUUUCACACGAAAGCUGAAUUUCACACUGAGCUGGUAGGAAGCGGGAGAAGAGAAGAAAAUCUUCCCACGGAAAAACAAGGUCCAAUUUAAAAUACGAGUAUGUCACUCUGCAGUUCAACUACAGGAGGACAGUAGGUAAAUGUGGCUGUAAUUAUUAGUGGAGUGGGAUGAAAAAUUAAACACUCCAUGUCAUCAAAAUCACUGACCAGGGCAGGUAAUACUAAAAUCAGACCACCACCACCCCCUCCCCCUAGAGAAAUACUUUCCAACUGGGGCCUUGUUUUAGGAAGUCUUUUGUAAAACAAGAAUGUCUCCGAAUGAUGCUGCAUCAAAAAUGCUUUAAUCCAUGUAACUUGUGGCUGUUUCUUUAUUUUUUGUGUGCAUGUGUUUGUUCGUGUGUUUUUAAGACUGGUGGCUUAUUUCAUCCACAGAAUUUCAAGUAUAAAUCUAUGCACUUUGGGUGUUGAGGUGCUCAGGGGUCAGCCUACACUGGAUGCUGGUUUUGAGCUCAGACAGUAGAUCUAUUUGUCGACAGACUUGUCAGUGGGACAGAGAGUGGUGGUCAUAGAUGCCGUGUAAGGAGGACAAUGAGCCACUGGAGGAGCACAGGGAUAACUGCUCCUGUGUUUGCAUGUAACAGCAUGUUUUUAACAUCUAAGUUGGGUACACAGGAAUAUGGUUAGGUAGUAAUACUGUUGCACUUUGUUAGCUUGCUCCACUUUGUGUGUGUGUGCGUGUGUGUGUUUGUGUUGCCUGUACGACAGGUUCCAAGCCAAGCCACAGUUUCUGCAGGCACAUGUGACCAUCAUCUGGCCAUUUGGAUUUAUGAUGUUGUUUUCAGUAUACAACAGUGAAGGAAUUUGUUUUUCCUUUCUUGUAUGUUUAAAGGUGAAAGCUAAAAGCUAAACUUGUUUUCACAGCCUAUUUUCCAAUGCGUUCUUUAAUGUCUGCAGAGACACAAUCACAGGAUGAGAACAGAAAAAACAACUUGUAUAUGUGGAGAUGAAUUAUCCGCUGGUAGAUCUUGAGCAGUUGUGGAAAUAUUAGACAGAUGGUAUUAAAGGGAUCGUUUUACGUUGAUAAAUGGAAAGAGUUAAUUUCUCUCUUUUUUCUUUGAGUCCUUCAAGCUGUCUGGUUUUAAAUACGUGCAGACACCAGAGUGAGUGUUAAACUGAAAGGGUCUCGUGUUAUUGCAUUUUUUUUAAUCUGCAAAUCAUCUUAACUUGAGUGACCAUUCUCUGAAGCGUGAUGUUUUUUUUUGUUUGUUUGUUUGUUUUCUUUUAAGUCUUUAGUGUGCAUUCAGCCCUUCCAGGCAGCCAUUAGUUUCCAUUCAUUUUACCAAGACUUACAAAUCAGUUAUAGAAACUGUUGCAUUUAUGUGCUUGUAUUAAACUCUGACAACUGAGACUUGCUGCAAGUUAACAAUAAUAAUGUGUUUGUAGACCAAAGGGGUUAUGAUCAUGAUCAACACAGAUGGAUGGCAGUGAUUAUGACAUUAUGGGCUAAAGGGGCUAAAAUAUGCAAAAACAUUGUUUGGUUUGUGUUUUGUAGACGCAUCUUUCACAGACUUGCCUCCAAUAUUGGUUCUUAGUUAACUUAGACUGAAAAACUGUAGCUAUGAAUUGUCAUUUUAUUUUGUUUGCUUGCUUGAAUUUAAUGAAUUAAAUUUCAUUUUUUUUUAUUUUGUAUGGGUCCAAAAGAUGUGAAGUGUCUGAACUGUUUUGGAUUAGUUGAUAUUACUUAUGUAUUUUACAACAUUAACACCAAAAACAGAUUUAUCUAUGUCUAUGUAAUAAAUGUUUAUGUAAUUAUAAUAAAAAUGGCAGGAUGCUGUGAUAUUUUGCAAAGUGGAUCAAGCCACUAUAUUCAUGUAAAUGAUUUAUUGUACAAUUUGUAAUAAUAUGAAUGUUAUUUCAUUAUUAAACUUAUUUACUGUGAAAGCUUGGGAAUGUAAGAUGUGGGAAUGUGAGAUCUUGAAGUGUGUGUUUGAGAGAUGAGUCAAUAAAGAGAACAGAGAAAUGUUCAAAUCA